UAGGAUUGACGUCCCGGUAUGUAUGUUGAUGUAUGUGUGCAUGUGGAACCGAUGGUGUCAAUGGAGCCACAGUUUGACGUUUAUUUUGCCGAUGGUUAACUUCACGCUAAAUUAAUAUCCGGUUUCCUUACCUCAAGACGCCAAACGGCAAGGUCAGGUUUUUUUCAAGCAGGUGAGCCGAUAAGUAAAAAUUUUGAAUAAACCAUGACAUUAGUUAACGUGCAUUUCGAUUCGAAAGAGCAUUUCUCUACUUUUAACCAAAAUUUAACACGAUGCCGGAAAAUUACUACUGCUAUGACAAUUUUUUCCACAAAGUAACGAACAUGGAAUCACCCAGGAAGAAUAACGACUGUUAUUUUUAUUAUUAUUCUACUUGUAAUAAGGGUGAUAGCUGCACAUUUCGACAUGAACCUUCUGCUUUAGGCUGUGAAACGGUGUGUUCUUUCUGGAAAGAGGGCAAAUGUCUGAAUGUACAUUGUAGUUUUCGUCAUAUGGAAUUAAGGAAAAAUCGGAAAGCAAUACCUUGUUACUGGGAAAGUCAGCCGGGAGGUUGUUUAAAACCACACUGUCCAUUUUUACAUAAAGGAGCUAAGGAUUCAUCAUCGGAUACUUUAGAAUCUUCCGACCUACAGUCGCCGGAACUUAGCAUAGCUUUGGGGCAAAGUGGCUCUAAAAGUAGUGAUAAUGAGCGAAAAUCCAAUCAGUUUAGCGAAACAAACUUCGGAAAUCCAACAGUUGAUCCGCUGGUCGUAAAUUUUGAAGAAGAGUCUGACAAUGAAUCUGCUCCAACCAAUUCUCCCGCUAAGCCUAAUCAGACGCGAGUAGUUAAAGUGAAAACGUUAGAAGAAAUUCGCCUAGAAAAGGUUCAAGCGGAAUCUGCCGCGUACUAUUUUUAUCCAGGGUCAGACGAAUCGCGAUCAUUAGAAAUGGAGAGUGCAGACGAUCUUCGGCAGAGAAUAUUGAAAAGGCUAAAUAUUAAAACGGACGAAGUUCCUGCGCCCCCCACCUUCGAGAUAUUGAGUCUGGACGAAAUUAGAAAGCGCAAAAAAAAAUACGGGGACACAGAUUUUGAAAAUCCGACAGAAGGUGAUAUCGGCAUAAAGGUGAAAAGGCAGAAGGUAUUCCUAUCAAACAAACCGUCAACCGACAUAACCGACAUAAAAAUUAAAACCUUGGCCGAAAUUCGCGCCGAAAAAGGUAAAGGUGUCACUGCGGACGACGGUUGUUUUGAAGUGAGCAGCACCUCAAACCCCGAAGAACUGCAGGAAACGACCGAAGCGCCUGCGCCUCCAAAAAUCAUUCCAGAAAAACGGCUAAAACGAAAAGUCUCAAGUAGUACUGAUUCCAGCAAUCCUACCAAAGUUAAAUUGAAAAGGAUCAAGCUUGCCGCCGAUGACGUGGAAAGCACAUCACCCGAAGUUCCACACGAGAAUAAUGACGAAUUAGAAGCAGAGAAAUCACCGCAACCACAGAUACAGGAUGCCAAUGAAAAUGAACGCGACGAUGCGAUAAAUGACGAUGUUUCAGAAAACCAAUGUGAUAAAUCUAGCUCAAAGGGUGACAUGUCUAAAUUGGACGAUAUUCUGUUAUUAGACGAUGAAGACAUUGAAGAUUCUAGUAUUAAUUUAAAAGCGGAGGAAGACAUUUUAAAAGAUAUAGAUGAAUUGUUGAAUGAUUGAAUAUUUUAAUUUAAUCCGUACAGAAUUUUAUAAAUAUUUUAUCUUGUAUAUUUUGAUGAGAAAGAUUGUUUUUAUUAGUAUUAUUAUCAAUUGAUGUAAGUAGUCAUUACCCAGUAGGUAGGGUACA